ACCAGUAAAGCUUCGAUACACUGUUUCGGUACUUGUUUUGAUACACGCCUCGUAGCUUUUUCGUGGCGUCUCGGUGCAGUAUGUCCGUUUUGACGACAUGAAUUCCGUCCAGUGGCGUUGUUCGGUUCAGAUAGUUCUUGUUUUGUGUGGGUGUUUGAUUCACGCAGCUACAAAAGCAGGUAUUACUUCAGCCGUUACAGGCAGCCCGACUCAGGGAGAAGCGCUGAGCACAGUGACCCCUGCUCCGCGAAUUACAGAAGAUCCAGUCAGCACCGGUACCGACGCUGGUACCACUGAGGCGUUCACUGUCGACUCAUCCGCGACCCUCUUUGUGUCCACCGCUCUGCCUGUGAAUUUGAACGUGUCUCACGGAUGUCUCUGUGAUUUAACACCUGAUUUCUGUGACAUUGGCUGCUGCUGUGACACUGCUGAUUGCGGCAUUGCUAACUUGAGCACAGUCUUCACUGGAUGUCCAGAGAGAGUCAUAUCAGGAGUUUGCAUUGAAAGAUGGCUGAUGUUCAAAGCCAACGUGGAUCCAUCUCUUGUCACUGUCACAGACUCUUUGUUUUGUGUUCAGCCUAAAGUUAAGGCUGCAGUACCUCAGACUCUCUCGACUCUACCGCUGCAUGUGUCUGUUGGAGACUCUUAUCAUUUCUCACCUCCAGAAACUACAUUCUGGAGUGUCCGUGGCACAGGAUUCUACAAGGUUGAUGAUGUCAUCCUGACGUAUUUCACAAACUCAUCAUUGCGAGGUGUCCUUCGUCAGCCAUCUCCAGGUCCAGCUGCCACAUUCUGUCUCAGUUACAACCCUGCUAGGUUCUUGAGGUCCACAACAAUGUCUUGUACCCGUGUGCUAACUCGUCACUCUUGCACAACAGACCCAGCUCUCAGUGCUCACUCUUACUUCUCCAACUUCAGUCUGGUAAAGAUUCCACAACAUGAUAUUGAAAUGUCACAGAUGUUAAACUUUUUGAUUCCAGUUACUCCACUGUCUGAAUGGCCCGCUCCGAAGGAGCAUGACAAUAUUUGUAUGAAUGUGGUGAAAAAAGUGGAGUUUGUCAUUGGUUAUAGAAGCACUGGGGAACUUGUGUAUGCAAAAGUGGAUGUGGUCUUAGCUGAAGGGGAUCUGAAUCAUUUGCUGUUACAGAUGCAUGCUGUACAAUUUGAGCUGGACACACCCAGUCCUGAUCAAACUCCUCUCCCUGCAGUUGGACUUGGAGCUGGAUCUCCUGUGGUCGGCCGCUUUGGAGAGGCAGUGGAGCCUCUAACCACUGUCAGAGUGUCACAGGGUGGCGGGUGUUCCUCUGAUCCAAGUGCACGAACACCCGUCCUUUUCACACACAACAUCAUCACUGGCUGCACAUUCAGUUCACCUUCUAGUAACUGUUCAGAACUGCGCUCUCAAAUUUACAAGAUCUUACUUGGAUCCACUGCACCCGAGCAGAUCGCCAUGAACUCAGGUUCUCAACCAGACUGGGCAAGAGUUAUCACUCAGGAAUGUUCCAUCAAAGUACAGGAAACGUGUGCGUUGGGCUGCGUCCUUCCCUACUCUCUUUCAGUCCGGGUUCUGUGGGCUCGCCAGGGUUUGUUAGACCUUCCCCAGAACUACAUCCUUGGAGCCAAGUACCUCUUCCACUGUCGCAUUGUAAAGUGUCCUGUGAUGUCGCCAAUCUCGCUAAGCACUGAAGUGAAUUUUGCCGACGCUACACUUCACCCAGAAGCCCCCAGGGGACGGCCUCAGCCUCACUGGAAAUUUCCAUUUGGCUUCUUCACGAGAGGUGCGGCUGAGUUCGACGGAUGCAUCAUUGCAAACCGAACCGACUCUGAGAAGCUCGCACCGAGUUUCCUGAUGUUCACACUAAUGUUGCUAAAAGGAUUAGAAUAUUUAUUGAACACAUAGUUGAUAGUUUUUUUUGUUUUGUUUUGUUUUUCAAGUUUUCAGAGCUUUUUCAAAUCUGGAAAAUGGUGAGACAUGAACGUUUUGUACAUAACACAUACAGGUUUGACCUUUUAUUUUUGAGAACGUUUGAACAUGAAGAUGUAGACACAACACUCUUAUUAUUUGUAUACUGUACAGGAAUAAAUACAUUUUUACAAGCCA